GGCUCUGCGCCGAGCCCGCCCCGGGCCCGCCCCGAGCGCCUGGAUCCGCACGGGCCCGGCGCCGAGCCCGCCCCGGUGGCCGCGGCUCCAUCCCCAGCCCCGCACGGUCCCGCCAUGGCUCUGGUGCUGCAGCUCCGCUCCGUCUCCGGCCUCCGCGGCAAAGGCGACCGCAUCGCCAAGGCGGCGUUCCGGGGACUUUCCUUCUACACCCGAGUUCUGGAAAACUGUGAGGACGAGGCCAAGUUUGAUGAGACUUUUCGCUGGCCGGUGGCGACCAACAUCGAUGGGAAUGAGAUCCUGGAGAUCCAAGUGUUCAACUACAGCAAAGUCUUCACCAACAGGCUCAUCGGGACGUUCCGGAUGGUCCUGCAGAAGGUGGUGGCGGAAGGGCAGCUGGAGGUGACGGACACACUCAUCGAUGACAACAAUUCCGCCAUCCAGACCAGCAUCUCCAUAGAGAUCCGCUACCAGGCUCUGGAUGGGACGGUGGGCACCUGGAAUGAUAAGGAAUUCCUGGAGACGCCCAGCGUGCACUCGGAGGGGGACGGGAGGUAUUCCCUGGAGACCGACAGCCUCCUGUCCGGCCACCGGCACAGCUCCGACGUCUCUCCCGGGAAAUCCAACCAGCAAUCCACGGAGAGGAGCUUCAGGAGGAUGGAAGAGGACGAGAUGUAUUUCCACAGUGAGGAUGAGCUCCUGGGAGAGGGGGAUUCCCUGAGCCAGGGGUCCAUGGACACGAGCCUUGGAGAUGAAGCAGAAGAAGAUCAGCAUUCCAGGAUUAAGUUUAACGAUGGAUACAAGGCAGUGGCAAGCGAAGACCCGGAAGAUCCCAGAGCCAAGGCCAGAGGGAAAGAGAAAAAACACCUGGCGUUGCCGUUCAGCAAAGGCAAGGAGAAGACCAAGGAGAACAAAGCUGGCAAAGGAGUUUUUUCAGCCAUGAAGCUUGGAAAGACACGUCCGUCCAAGGAUGAGCAUCGGAAACAAGAUGAUCCGGCUGUUCUGGAAACAGAAGACCUGGAUAGAAAGGCCAUGAGAUACGGAGCAGGCCUGGAGCCAGACACCAUCUCCCUGGCCUCUGUCACCGCUGUCACCACCAAUGUCUCCAACAAAAGGUCCAAGCCCGACAUCAGGAUGGAGCCGAGUGCCGGGAGGCCCAUGGAUUACCAGGUCAGCAUCACCAUCAUCGAGGCCCGGCAGCUCGUGGGGCUCAACAUGGACCCCGUGGUGUGCGUGGAGGUGGGGGAGGAGAAGAAAUACACGUCCAUGAAGGAAUCCACCAAUUGUCCUUACUACAAUGAGUAUUUCGUCUUCGAUUUCCAUGUCCCCCCUGAUGUCAUGUUUGACAAGAUCAUCAAGCUCUCCGUGAUCCACUCCAAAAACCUCCUGAGGAGCGGGACGUUGGUGGGAUCCUUCAAGAUGGAUGUUGGGACCGUUUACACCCAGCCUGAGCACCAGUUCUACCAUAAAUGGGCCAUCCUGUCCGACCCCGAGGACCUCACAGCCGGCCUCAAGGGCUACCUCAAGUGUGACAUCGCUGUGGUGGGCAAAGGUGACAAUAUCAAGACCCCGCACAAGGCCAACGAGACAGAGGAGGAUGACAUUGAAGGGAACCUCCUGCUCCCCGACGGGGUCCCUCCGGAGCGGCAGUGGGCUCGGUUCUACAUCAAGAUCUACCGAGCCGAGGGGUUGCCGCGCAUGAACACCAGCAUCAUGGCCAACGUCAAGAAGGCGCUCAUCGGCGAGAACAAGGACCUGGUGGACCCCUACGUGCAGGUGGCCUUCGCAGGGCAGAAGGGAAAGACAUCCAUACAGAAGAGCAGCUACGAGCCCCUCUGGAACGAGCAAAUCAUCUUCACAGAGAUGUUUCCCCCGCUGUGCAAGCGGAUCAAGAUCCAGAUCCGGGACUCAGACAAGGUCAAUGAUGUGGCCAUUGGGACCCAUUUCAUCGACCUGAGGAAGGUCUCCAACGAGGGGGACAAAGGUUUCCUGCCCACCUUCGGCCCCGCCUGGGUGAACAUGUACGGCUCCACGCGGAACUACACCCUCAUGGACGAGCACCAGGAGCUCAAUGAGGGCCUGGGCGAGGGCGUCUCCUUCCGUGCCCGGCUCCUGCUGGGCCUGGCCGUGGAGAUCCUGGACACCACCAACCCCGAGAUCAACAGCUCCACUGAGGUCCAGGUGGAACAGGCCACGGCGGUGGCGGAUAACUGCAGUGGGAAGAUGGAGGAAUUCUUCCUCUUCGGAGCCUUCCUGGAGGCCACCAUGAUCGACAGGAAGAUUGGGGACAAACCCAUUAACUUUGAGGUCACCAUAGGUAACUAUGGCAACCAGGUGGAUGGCUCCAGCAAACCUCUCCUGAGGAGGAAGAAAGAGGGAGGGGAUGGGGACGAGGAGGAGUCGGAGCUGCUCCAGAAUUCCAGUGACGAUGAAGUUGGCGAGGAUGGAGAGCUGGUUUCUGUUUCUUCAUCCCCGCCCAUGAAGCCCCUGGUCACGGACAGGAAUUACUUCUACCUACCCUACCUGGAGAAGAAGCCCUGCAUCUACAUCCGGAGCUGGUGGCAGGACCAGCGGCGCCGGCUCUACAACGCCAACAUCAUGGACAAGAUCGCAGACAAGCUGGAGGAGGGUCUCAACGACGUGCAGGAGAUGAUCAAGACGGAGAAGCCGCACCCGGAGCGCCGGCUCCGCGGGGUCCUGGAGGAGCUCAGCAGCGGCUGCCUGCGAUUCCUGACCUUGGCUGACAAGGACCAGCAUCACUCGUCCCGCACCAGACUGGACCGGGAGAGGCUCAAAUCCUGCAUGAGGGAGCUGGAGAACAUGGCCCAGCAGGCCACGACCCUGCGCUCCCAGGUCAAGAAGAACACCAUGAAGGACAAACUGAAGCUGGUGCAGAACUUCCUGCAGAAGCUGCGGUUCCUGGCGGACGAGCCCCAGCACACAAUUCCCGACGUUUUCAUCUGGAUGAUGAGCAACAACAAGCGCAUCGCCUACGCCCGCAUCCCUUCCAAGGACAUCCUGUACUCCAUUGUGGACGAGGAGAUGGGCAAGGACUGUGCCAAAGUGAAGACGGUUUUCCUCAAGCUCCCUGGGAAGAGGGGCUUCGGCCCUGCUGGCUGGACAGUCCAGGCCAAGAUGGAGAUCUACCUGUGGCUGGGCCUCAACAAGCAGCGCAAGGACUUCCUGAGCGGCCUCCCCUGUGGGUUCGAGGAGAAGAAAACCCCCCGAGGACAAAACCUGCCCUCCUUCCCACCCAUCAGCCUCCUGUACACCAAGAAACAGGUGUUCCAGCUGCGAGCCCACAUGUACCAAGCCAGGAGUCUGUUUGCAGCCGACAGCAGCGGCCUCUCGGAUCCCUUUGCUCGGGUCUUCUUCAUCUCCCACAGCCAGUGCACAGAGGUUCUCAAUGAGACCCUGUGCCCAACCUGGGACCAGCUCCUGGUGUUCGACAAUGUGGAGCUGUACGGGGAAGCUCACGAGAUGCGGGAUGACCCUCCCAUCAUCGUCAUCGAGAUCUAUGAUCAGGACACUGUGGGAAAAGCUGACUUCAUGGGCCGGACGUUUGCCAAGCCAGUGGUGAAGAUGUCAGAUGAGGAGUACUGCCCGCCACGCUUCCCACCGCAGCUGGAAUAUUACCAGAUCUACCGCGGCAACGCCACAGCUGGGGACCUGCUGGCUGCCUUUGAGCUGCUCCAGAUCGGCCCUGGGGGUAAAUCGGACCUGCCCCCCAUCGACGGCCCCACGGACAUGGACCGAGGUCCCAUCCUGCCGGUGCCUCUGGGAAUUCGGCCGGUGCUGAGCAGAUACAGAGUGGAGAUCUUGUUCUGGGGGCUCAGGGACCUGAAGAGAGUGAACCUGGCCCAGGUGGACAGACCCCGUGUGGACAUUGAGUGUGCCGGGAAGGGCGUCCAGUCUGCCCUGAUCCAGAACUACAAGAAAAACCCCAACUUUAGCACUUUGGUCAAGUGGUUCGAGGUGGACCUCCCUGAGAACGAGCUGCUGCACCCGCCCCUGAACAUCCGCGUGGUGGACUGCCGCGCCUUCGGGCGCUACACCCUGGUGGGCUCCCACACCGUCAGCUCCCUCCGCAAGUUCAUCUACCGCCCGCCCGACAAGAAAGCCCAGCACUGGAACAUGGCAGCCAAACACCUCAACGGCUACCUGGCCAUGACCAGCAGGGCCCAUCGCUCUCGCCCCACAGGGGAGAUCGUGGUCAACAUGGAACCUGAGGUCCCCAUCAAGAAGAUGGACACGAUGGUGAAGCUGGAAGCUAAUUCCGAUGCAGUGGUGAAGGUGGAUGUGACCGAGGAAGAGAAGGAGAAAAAGAAGAAGAAGAAGAAAGGAGGAGGAGGAGGAGGAGGUGGGGAGGAAGUGGAAGAAGAGGAGCCGGACGAGAGCAUGUUGGACUGGUGGUCCAAAUACUUUGCUUCCAUUGAGACGAUGAAGGAGCAACUCCGGCAGCAGGAAGCGGCAGCGGCAGAAGCAGAGGAGAAGGAGGAGAUGGAGAUUGGAGAAGGCUCCAAGGCCCAGGUGAAGAACAAGGACAAGGAUAAGGACAAGGACAAAGACAAGUCCAAGGCACCCAAAGAUGACAAGAAAAAGAAGCAGCAGCCUGUCCCGGAGCUCCCCGAGAAGAAGAACAAGCAGAAGAUCGAUGAACUCAAGGUCUUCAACAAAGAGCUGGAAUCAGAGUUUGACAACUUUGAGGAUUGGCUGCACACCUUCAACCUGCUCCGGGGGAAGAUUGGGGACAACGACGACAACGCCACGGAGGAGGAGCGGAUAGUGGGGAGGUUCAAGGGCUCCAUGUGCGUCUACAAAGUACCGCUCCCUGAUGACAUCAGCAAGGAGGCAGGAUAUGACCCCACCUUCGGGAUGUUCCAGGGGAUCCCCAGCAAUGACCCCAUCAACGUGCUGGUCCGAGUCUACAUCGUGAGGGCCACAGACCUCCACCCAGCUGACAUCAACGGGAAAGCUGAUCCCUACAUCGCCAUCAAGCUGGGCAAGACGGACAUCAAGGACAAGGAGAACUACAUCUCCAAGCAGCUGAACCCUGUUUUUGGGAAAUCCUUCGACAUCGAGGCCACCUUCCCCAUGGAGUCCAUGCUGACCGUGGCUGUGUACGACUGGGAUUUGGUGGGCACUGAUGACCUCAUUGGGGAGACCAAGAUCGACCUGGAGAAUCGCUUCUACAGCAAGCAUCGGGCGACCUGCGGCGUGUCCCAGACCUACUCCAUCCACGGGUACAACACCUGGCGUGACCCCAUGAAGCCCUCCCAAAUCCUGUCCAAGCUGUGCAAAGAGGGAAAAGUGGAUGGGCCGCACUUCGGGCCGGGGGGAAGAGUGAAAGUUGCCAACAGGGUCUUCACCGGCCCCACGGAGAUCGAGGAUGAAAAUGGCCAGAAGAAGCCGACAGACGAGCACCUGGCGCUGGCGGUUCUGCGGCACUGGGAGGACAUCCCGCGGGCUGGCUGCCGCCUCGUCCCUGAGCACGUGGAGACGCGGCCGCUGCUCAACCCCGACAAGCCGGGCAUUGAGCAGGGCCGCCUGGAGAUGUGGGUAGACAUGUUCCCCAUGGACAUGCCAGCGCCCGGCCCCGCCAUCGAUAUUUCUCCCAGGAAACCAAAGAAGUACGAGCUCAGGGUGAUCGUGUGGAACACGGACGAGGUUAUCCUGGAGGACGACGACUACUUCACCGGGGAGAAAUCCAGUGACAUUUUUGUCAGGGGGUGGCUAAAGGGGCAGCAGGAGGACAAGCAGGACACGGAUGUCCAUUACCACUCCCUCACUGGUGAAGGCAACUUCAACUGGCGCUACAUCUUCCCCUUCGAUUACCUCAUGGCCGAGGAGAAGAUCGUCAUCUCCAAGAAGGAGUCCAUGUUCUCCUGGGAUGAGACGGAGUACAAGAUCCCAGCCCGCCUCACCCUGCAGGUCUGGGAUGCCGACCACUUCUCGGCCGAUGAUUUCCUGGGGGCCAUCGAGCUGGACCUGAACCGCUUCCCCCGGGGAGCCAAGACGUCCAAGCAGUGCAGCCUGGAGAUGGUGACCAACGAGGCUGAGCUGCCCAUGAUCUCCAUCUUCAAGCAGAAGCGGGUCAAGGGCUGGUGGCCAUUCGUGGCCAGAGAUGAGAACGAUGAGCUGGAGAUCACCGGCAAAGUUGAGGCUGAGCUGCACCUUCUGACAGCAGAGGAGGCUGAGAAAUCCCCUGCUGGGCUGGCUCGGAAUGAGCCUGAUCCCCUGGAGAAACCCAACCGCCCAGACACGUCGUUCAUCUGGUUCCUGAACCCGCUCAAGUCCAUCAAAUACCUCAUCUGCACCCGCUACAAGUGGCUCAUCAUCAAGAUCGUGCUGGCCCUGCUGCUCCUCAUCAUGGUGGCCCUGUUCCUCUACAGCAUGCCCGGAUACAUGGUCAAGAAGCUACUGGGAGCAUGAAGGGCUGGAGCCUCUCCCAUGUCCCCAGCCCGCUGCACAACCUUACAGCUCCGUGUCCUUCUCCUCCCUGUGACCUCUGGGCAGCCCUGGGGGCAUCUCCUCCCUGCCGCUGCUGGGUCUCCUCUUUGCAUUUCUUUUCUGUGGGUCCCACUCAGGCUUUAGGGCCAGGGAAAUGGGGCGGGAGCAUGGCAAAGAUCCCCAGACUCUGCAUCCCGCACUGGGGCUGGGAGAGGUGCCCAGCUGGCUCCUGUGGGAGUCCCUGAGGCCUCUGCCCAUUGGGGUUGUGGCUGGAGCCUUCCUGGGAAUCAGGAGAAGGAGAGGGGAGCUGGGGCUGUGUCACUGGUGCUGUGGGAGCAUUCUGGAAAGGCUUCUUGGAGGGAUGUUCAGAAUCCGGGAUGGAGCAGGGAGCUGGGAUGGAGCAGCUGGGAUGGAGCAGCUGGGGACAUGCCAGCCCCAGCAGUGAGGGCACAGAGCAUCCCCAGUGCCUGAACCCACUGCCAGCACCAUGCCUGCUCCUCUCAGACCUCUGGAGGUCCCAUUCCCUGGCACAGGGAGCUGUCCCACCUCUGGAGUGCUGGACAUGGUGCCCAGCAGAGUGAGAGGGCACAGAGCAUCCCCAGUGCCUGUCCCUGCUGCUCUGGGAACUCUGGAGGUCACAUUCCCUGGCACAGGGAUCUGUCCCACCUCGGGAAGGCUGGACAUGGUGCCCAGCAGUGAGGGCACAGUGCAUCCCCACUGCCUGUCUCCACUGCCAGCACAGUCCCUGCUCCUCUUGGAGCUCUGGAGGUCCCAUUCCCUGGCACAGGGAUCUGUCCCACCUUGGGAAUGCUGGACAUGGUGUCCAGCAGAGUGAGAGGGCACAGAGCAUCCCCAGUGCCUGUCCCUGUUGUUGUAGGCUCCUGGCCAGGUAAUAAUGAGCAUUGACUUCAUGAUUGUAGAAUGUUGAUUAAUUGCUUUAUUCUUCUAUACUACAUUAUACUAUACUAUGCUAAGAAGCUCAUAACCCUUACAGACAGUCUGAUACAGUUUUGACCUAAUUGGUCAAUCAAUCUAAACACCAUCACCAGUGUUUAAUUGAUAAACUACUCUUUGGUAAGCAAUCUCCAUAACACAUUCUGCAUGUAUCCAACAACAGGUGUAGCAAAUGGAGGUAAGAAUUGUUUCCCAUUACUUUUUCUGAGCUGUUUCACAGCUUCCCAGGGAAAUCAUGGGAGAAAACUAUGUCCCUGCUCUUCUCAGAGCUCUGGAGGUCACACUCCCUGGCACAGGGAUCUGUCCCACCUCGGGAAUGCUGGACAUGGUGCCCAGCAGAGUGAGAGGGCACAGAGCAUCCCCAAUGCCUGUCUGUCACUACUGAGUAAGAAAUGACAGACUCACCAGAAGGCUGGUUUGCAUAGUAGCUGCUUUAAUAGAAAAAUUCCCUCUUUUUAUAGACUGUUCCAAUACAUUCAGACCAGAUUGGUCAAUCAAUCAAUACAUUUCACCUGACUGGCUAAUAAACAAAAACACCUUUCUUAUAAACAGCCUUGAGAAAAACAGGAAGGCAGAGAGUAGGAAAACACCACCUGCAGGUUGUUUAUAAUAACAAGCUGUCAUCGUUUCUGUACAACUCCCCAAAGUCUCACAAGUCUGCCCUGACAAAACUUAUCUGGUUUUCUCACUCUCUGACCAGGCUGUCACAUCCAUACCCGUCCCCACUGCCAGCACCAUCCCUGUUCCACUCAGAGCUCUGGAGGUCACAUUCCAGGGCACAGGGAUCUGUCCCAUCU